AUGAGCAGCGUACGACUCAGCUUCGUGUCGGUGGGAAGGAUAGCGGUUCAGAGAAAUUCCCAAUUAACAUCGGGUGUGCAGACGUGCCGCUCCGUGCGGCGCACGUGCUCGAGGCCGCUUAGCACGUGUUCGGCGCUUUGCAAAGCCACCACCGAGCAGCCGCCAGGGCAGAAUGGCACCCCUCAUGCACCGCCCAAGGACACGACCACAGGUCCGUCGGGCGGAAAGAAGUCCGGGUCCGGCAAUGGUGGCGUGCUCACGUGCCCCAAGUGCGGCGACCCGUGCACGCACGUGGAGACGUUCGUCAGCUCCACGCGUUUCGUCAAGUGCGACAAGUGCCACCAUUUCUUCGUCGUGCUCAGCGAAGUCGACACCAAGAAGAGCAUCAAGGAUAACGCGGACAGCAAGUCAGGCUUCUACAGAAAACCACCGCCGCCGCCGAAGAAGAUCUUCGAGUAUCUGAACAAGCACGUGGUGGGGCAGGAGUUUGCGAAGAAAGUGCUCUCUGUGGCCGUAUACAACCACUACAAGCGCAUCUACAACAAUGUCACCGCCGCUACGCCCGCGGACGCGCACCCGCUACACACGCACAGAGAGUUGAUGCAGGUGGCGGGCGGCGGCGCGGAGGCAGCGGAACACGCGCACGAGCUGCGCCUGGACAAAAGCAACGUGCUGCUGCUCGGCCCCACCGGCUCCGGCAAGACGUUGCUGGCGCAGACAAUCGCGCAGUGCCUGGACGUGCCGUUCGCGAUCUGCGACUGCACCACGCUGACGCAGGCCGGCUAUGUGGGCGAGGACAUCGAGAGCGUCAUUGCCAAGCUGCUGCAGGACGCAAACUUCAAUGUGGAGCGAGCACAGACUGGUAUCGUGUUCCUGGAUGAGGUGGACAAAAUCGGCGCAGUUCCAGGCAUUCAUCAGUUGAGAGACGUCGGAGGCGAAGGCGUGCAGCAGGGCAUGCUGAAGAUGUUGGAGGGUGCGUUGGUGUCUGUGCCGGAGCGCAAUUCGCGUAAGCUGCGCGGCGAUGCCGUGCAAGUGGAUACCACCAACAUACUGUUCGUGGCUAGUGGCGCGUACAACGGACUCGACAGGCUGGUGCAGAGGCGAAGCAACGAGAAGUACCUGGGAUUCGGCGCGUGGGAUCGCACUGGAGGCAGGCGAGCCGCACUGGCCGCCGCAGCCGCGGACGCGUCGCCGCUGCAGCCCGCCGCCGACGAGUGCGACGAGCGCGACGCCUGGCUGCGCAAGGUGCAGGCGCGCGACCUCAUCGACUUCGGCAUGAUACCGCCCGCCGCCGACGAGUGCGACGAGCACGACGCUUGGCUGCGCAAGGUGCAGGCGCGCGACCUCAUCGACUUCGGCAUGAUACCGCCCGCCGCCGACGAGUGCGACGAGCGCGACGCCUGGCUGCGCAAGGUGCAGGCGCGCGACCUCAUCGACUUCGGCAUGAUACCGGUACGUGUCGUACGUGCUGCAGCCCGCCGCCGACGAGUGCGACGAGCGCGACGCCUGGCUGCGCAAGGUGCAGGCGCGCGACCUCAUCGACUUCGGCAUGAUACCGGUACGUGUCGUACGUGCUGCAGCCCGCCGCCGACGAGUGCGACGAGCGCGACGCCUGGCUGCGCAAGGUGCAGGCGCGCGACCUCAUCGACUUCGGCACGAUACCGGUACGUGUCGUACGUGCUGCAGCCCGCCGCCGACGAGUGCGACGAGCGCGACGCCUGGCUGCGCAAGGUGCAGGCGCGCGACCUCAUCGACUUCGGCACGAUACCGGAGUUCGUCGGUAGAUUUCCCGUUUUGGUGCCUUUCCACAGUCUAAACCAGGACCUACUUGUGCGGAUACUGACGGAACCUAAAAACGCUAUGGUGGCGCAGUACAAGCUGCUGUUCGCGAUGGACAAGUGCGAGCUGUCGUUCAGCGAGGACGCGCUGCGCGCCGUCGCCGCGCUCGCCAUGGAGCGCAAGACCGGCGCGCGCGGCCUGCGCGCCAUCAUGGAGAAUCUGCUACUAGAAGUGAUGUUCGAGAUCCCCGGGUCGGACAUCGUGUCGGUGCACAUCCACGAGGGCUGCGUGCGGCGCAGCGAGCCGCCGCGUCUUACGCGCCGCGCGCCGCCCGCGGAGAUGCACCGCUGGCCCUCCGUGCGCCUGCACAACUGUACGUAG